CAGGUGAGAGCCCUGCCAAGUUGGUUGCCGGGAAGGCACCUUCUUGAGCCAAAAUGAGGAGCGGCAUCUCUCUGAUUCGCUCUACCUCCUGCUCCUGCCUCUUCUUCGCCGCCCUGCUCCUCGUGCACUGUUUAAAAACCACAACAGCGAAAAAGUUCGUGUCAGAAAAUUCUCCGGAUACAUAUGACUAUAUUGUGGUGGGAGCGGGUGCAUGCGGAGCUGUUGUGGCCACGCGACUCGCUGAACGGGGCGAGCGAGUCCUCCUGAUCGAGACCGGGGAGGACGAACACCUGAACCCCCUUACGCGCUGGGGGUACUUUUUCCCCUCAGGCUCCUAUUCCCACCUGUAUCGGAAUUAUUUCACGGAACCGGAGCCAAGAGUGAACAAUCGCAGGCUUUACCACCAGGCUGCCAAAGCCUUGGGAGGAGGAACGGCGGUGAACGCCAUGGUAUGGACGUGGGGGGACCGUCAGGACUGGGAGCUCAUCGACUUGGAGGGCUGGUCCUUCGAGGACGUCUAUCCCUAUUUCCUCAAGUCUGAAAACUACACGGGGGCGUCCUCCGCCUACCGCCACGCCGUGGCCCGGGGGCACGCCGGUCCCAUAACCCUGACCAGCUUUCCCGCCAACGAGGCCACCCUAACGGCCGUCUCCACGGCGGCAGAGACCUUCAACGUUCCUCCCGAAGUAGACAACAAUGGUGGUGUGCACGAAAGCGUGGCGGUCGUGCAACGGGAUUUCCAGGGGCCCACCAUCGACACGGGCGUGCGGAUGGGCGCCUUCAUGGCCUACCUGCGUCCUGCCAUGGCCUCUCUCCCCCCCGAGCGCCUCCGAGUCUUGACACGCGCAACGGUCUUGCAGGUGCUGGUAGAACCCUCAGAGGAGACGGGGAGGGAGGGAGGGCUGGAGGCGGUGGGCGUGCGCUUCCUCCACGACGGGGUCUGCGGGGAGGCCUAUGCGAAGAGGGAGGUGGUCCUGGCCGCCGGGGCCUACAACACGCCUAAGCUCUUGCUCUUGUCCGGGAUCGGAGAUCCAGGCCAUUUGGAGGAGAUCGGGAUCGAGUGCGUCCUGAGCCUCCCUGGGGUGGGGAAACGCCUGGUUGACCACAUCAACCCGGGCUCCCUCAUGUUCACCGGCCCCCCCCGCAAGGAUUACGACGCCAACAUCGUGGCGACCUACACGCGGACGGGCAUCGUGCCGGACCUGACGCCAGACGUGGAGUUGGGAUUCAUCAUGGGCCCACCGGUGGAGGAGCCAGCGCAUUGGGACAAGGUCCCCUCCCUUUACGUCUUCUACGCGCUCUGGCUCUUGCACGACGGCGUGGGCUCGGUCCGUUUGAAAAAUCGAGACCCCUUGGAGGACCCGGUCAUCGUCUCCGGGUAUUUGAAGACCGCCACGGACUUGAAGAGGCUGGUGCGGAUUUUUCGUAUGCUCAUUGAGUGGUCUCAGACUUUUGCGCGUUCGUCGGGGUUGAAACUGGAGCAGCAGCGAUCGGGGGGGAACGCUAUUUUUGUUACAGAAGACAGCAGUGACGAGGAGAUUCUCAAAGCGGCGCGCAUGGUCCUAUCCACACACUGGCACGCCGCUCAGUCCUGCAGAAUGGGAAACCCCGAGCACGACCCGGAUGCGGUGGUGGACCCGGAGUUCAAGGUGGUGGGGAUGGAGAAGCUAAGGGUAGUGGACGCCUCCUCCCAGCCCGUCCUGACUAACGGACACCCAAUGGCAGCUUUGGUGAUGAUGGCCGAGCGGGCAGUCGAUUUUAUGUUGGGGAAGGCAAAGGAAAGAUAGCAAGACGAAAAUGGUGAGCGAAACGAUGUGCUCGGGGAGACGGGUGUGGCGGAGGAUGUCUGCACUUUUUGGCUACGUGCAUUGGGAGAAUGAGGGAGGCGACGGGGCAAAGUCACCUUGUUGAAAAGAAAGGGAGCGUUGUGUAGAAGAUGCGGAACGGAGUGGAACCGGAGGAAACAUGGGCGGAGGACAAGCACCACGCGUGGGGUCGCACAGACUGGCGCCAGAUUUAACAUACAUGUGCGUGUGCGGACAUAGCACGGCGUGAUGCCGAAUAGAACGAUCUGGGAGCGAAAAAGAGACUCAAGGCG